CGCUGCCUGGAAGUGACUUCUCCAAAAAGUGUCUUAGUUCGCGGUCACCUGAGCGGAGGGCAACUCCGCUGCGGCAGGGUUCGUGGAUACCCGCCCUCCGCGGGUCCUGCCUGGAGACCCCGCCCUCUUCUCUUGCCCAUCCGCUCCGCCAUCCCGAGCCCUCCAAAGGCCUGUCCUUUUCCUCCGGUCCUUUCCCAGUCGCGGGCCGGACCGGGCCGAGCCGGGCUGCCCGGGCGCGGUCCCUGACCAUGGCGUCCCUCUUCAGGAAGAAAACCGUGGAUGAUGUAAUAAAGGAACAGAAUCGAGAGUUACGAGGUACACAGAGGGCUAUAAUCAGAGAUCGAGCAGCUUUAGAGAAACAAGAAAAGCAGCUGGAAUUAGAAAUUAAGAAAAUGGCCAAGAUUGGUAAUAAAGAAGCUUGCAGAGUUUUAGCCAAACAGCUUGUACAUCUAAGGAAACAGAAAACAAGAACUUUUGCUGUAAGUUCAAAAGUCACGUCUAUGUCCACACAAACAAAAGUGAUGAAUUCCCAGAUGAAGAUGGCAGGAGCAAUGUCUACUACAGCAAAAACAAUGCAGGCAGUUAACAAGAAGAUGGAUCCACAAAAGACAUUACAAACAAUGCAGAAUUUCCAGAAGGAAAACAUGAAAAUGGAAAUGACUGAAGAAAUGAUCAAUGACACACUUGAUGACAUCUUUGAAGGCUCUGAUGAUGAAGAAGAAAGCCAAGAUAUUGUGAAUCAAGUUCUUGAUGAAAUUGGAAUUGAAAUCUCUGGAAAGAUGGCCAAAGCUCCAUCAGCAGCCCGAAGCUUACCAUCUGCCUCUACUUCAAAGGCUACUAUCUCCGAUGAAGAGAUUGAACGGCAACUCAAAGCUUUAGGAGUAGAUUAAUCAAAAAAGCCAUUAUAUUUUGCCUAUUAUAAUUAUUUAGUAUAAACGAGGCACACUGCAGAUUCCUUUUACAAAACACAUUUAUUUUGCAAAAAUGAAGACCAUGAGUAAACAGUUGUUUCCUAACCCAUGGCUGUUUUGAAUCUUUUGCCAAAGAAUGACAAUGAUGCAAAAAUGGGAACAGUUUGGAUUUUAAUUAAAACUGUUUAGGAGUGAUGAUGUGUAAAAUGUUGACUUCUUUUCUGCAUGGCAUAGAGAAAUUAUAUUCAUUACUUAGUGUCGUUUAUGUUCUAAAUCUUUUUCACUGAAUACAAAUCUUGUUAAAGCCACUAGGCACCAGCUUAAAGAGACCUGUAAAAAUAUUAAAAGUAUAUCAUUAAUUCUGUAUCUGUUAACUUGUCCUUUGUUAGCGAUAUGUGUUAUGACCAUAGGUGGUUCAGCUGCCAAAUUAUUUUUAAAUUACCUGAAAGAAGAGUGCUAUUUAAACAUCUGUCUUAAACAAAAACUGUUAUGAGCUUUUCUUUUUUUUUUCCUUUGGGAGAACAUUCUAGUUGGUAAGUUUCUUACCUUUCAAAAUGUGCUUGGCACCUGCCUUAAAUAGCACAAACAUAUUGUGCACAUCUUUAAAUCAUUUUAACUGACAGAAAAGAAUUACAUUUUAAACUCAAAUUGAAGCCUUUUACAAAAAUUGUCCAGGCUCUUUUUUGUAAAGCUUAUAAAAGUGAAUUAAAUAUAAUUAGCAAAAAGAGACACUGAAUUAAUAACAUUUUAUAGUAAUAAAACAAUAUAUUUUGAUCUUUCUGCCAAGAACUGAGAUUUUCUCCAUAUGAGUUAUAAUUUAAUCUCUUUAGUUUUGAACUGUAUUAAUGUGUACACUGAACCCUCUAAAUUGAAGGCAUCAUUCUCAAAUAACACUACUAUGACAGUACUCAACCUAAAUUUUAAAAAUUAGCAUUUUUUCAUGGUAAAUAAACUACAACUUUGUCCGAAA